AUGGCGAAACUUGAAAUUACAGAUAUAACCUUGGUUUCUUCUCCCUCGCACCUAACUAGCGACCAAACUCUCUCCCUCUCUCAUCUCGAUAACGAUAACAACCUCCACGUCAGCUUCCGUUACCUCCGCGUCUACUCCUCCUCCGCGGCCAUUGCCGGAAAAACCCCUUCCGCCGUCGUCUCCGCCUCCCUCGCCACCGCACUUAACCACUAUUACCCUCUCGCCGGCUCACUCCGCCGUUCCAACUCCGAUAACCGCUUCGAGCUAUACUGUACCGCCGGUCAAACCGUCCCUCUAGUCAACGCUUCCGUUAACUGCACGCUCGAAUCCGUCGGAUAUUUCGAUGGACCCGACCCGGGAUUCGUCGAGAGAUUGGUACCUGAUCCGACCCGAGAAGAAGGAAUGGUUAAUCCAUGUAUCCUCCAAGUCACGACGUUUCAGUGCGGUGGUUGGGUUCUAGGAGCGGCGAUUCACCACGCGGUUUGCGACGGUUUAGGUGCGAGUCUGUUCUUUAACGCCAUGGCGGAAUUAGCUCGUGGAGCGACUAAGAUCUCGAUCGAACCGGUUUGGGACAGAGAACGUCUACUUAGUCCAAGAGAAAAGCCUUGGGUUGGAGCUCCGGUUCGUGACUUCUUGACCUUGGACAAGAACUUUGAUCCGUAUGGGCAGAACAUUGGAACCGUUGCUAGAGACUGUUUCUUCGUGACCGAUGAGUCUUUGGAUCGGUUCAAGGCUUAUUUACUCGAGAAAUCGGGUCUGAAUUUCACUACAUUUGAAGCUCUUGGUGCUUACAUUUGGCGUGCAAAGGUGAGAGCUGCAAAGAUUGGUGAAGAAGAGAAUGUGAAGUAUGUGUAUUCGAUAAAUAUAAGGAGAUUGAUGAAUCCACCUUUGCCUAAAGGGUAUUGGGGAAAUGGAUGUGUGCCAAUGUAUGCUCAGCUCAAAGCUGGAGAACUCAUAGAGCAACCAAUCUGGAAAACCGUAGAGCUUAUAAAACAGAGUAAAUCCAAUGCGAGUGACGAAUACGUACGCUCCUUUAUCGACUUCCAAGAGCUGCACCACAAAGAUGGAAUCAAUGCCGGUACAGGAGUGACUGGAUUCACGGACUGGCGAUACUUGGGGCAUUCGACUAUUGAUUUCGGAUGGGGAGGACCUGUGACGGUUUUGCCUUUAUCAAACAACUUGCUUGGAAGCAUGGAACCAUGUUUUUUCUUGCCAUAUUCGACUGAUUCUGCAGCUGGAAGCAAGAAGGACAGUGGGUUUAAGGUUUUGGUGAAUCUACGCGAAUCUGCAAUGACUGAGUUUAAGGAGGCCAUGGUAAAGUUCUACAAGGGUGAAUAUGAUCUGUCUUGA